AGCAAAGAGCCAAAGACACACUCGACCUUGCUCUCGCAAAUUGCACACCGGCCGCUUAGCUACUAGCAUAGCUAGCUAGCCCUUUGAUCUCAGCAGCCAUAGCAUAGGAAGCACCGGCGGCAACGAACAGAGAGCGACAAUGCAGUACGGCGCGGCGGCGGCGGAGCAGGCGUGGUACAUGCCGGUGGUGGCGCCGGCGGCGGCCGCGGAGACGGCGGCGGAGCGCGUGGAGCGGCUGGCGUCGGAGAGCGCGGUGGUGGUGUUCAGCGUGAGCACCUGCUGCAUGUGCCACGCCGUGAAGCGGCUCUGCGGCAUGGGCGUGCACCCGGCGGUGCACGAGCUGGACCUCGACCCGCGGGGACGCGAGCUGGAGCGCGCCCUCGCCUGCCUCCUCGGCGCCGCCGCCGGGCCCGGGGCGGCGCCGGUCGUGCCCGUCGUGUUCAUCGGCGGCAGGCUGGUCGGCGCCAUGGACCGCGUCAUGGCCGCGCACAUCAACGGCUCCCUCGUGCCGCUGCUCAAGGAGGCCGGCGCGCUCUGGCUCUGAGCUCGCCGCCGGCGCGCGCGGCGCCAUUAUUGCUAGCCGCUGCUCGGAGCUAGUUAUUGUAGGGCAGAUUAAAGUAAUACAUCAUCCACAGUUCAGUAGUGAGUGAAUCGAUCAUAGAGUGAGUGAGUGCGUGCUUGUGUGCUUGUGUGUGUGAUCAGAGAGAGGUCAGUGAUUUUUUUACUGAUGCUGCCUGCCUCCGUCUUGUGUGAGUGUGAGUGAGUGUGGUAGAGCUGGCACGUGCUUGCAUGCUCACACGUACACGGGUGUGUGAGCAAUGCUUGCUGGAUUGCUGCUGCUUGGUGCAAGAAGAGAUCUAGCUACCUAUUUAGUGUUAUCAUCUCUUCUAUCAACCUUAUUAAUCAGUUUGGCUUGCCUUAUUUUUCA